GACAGGCAUGCCACUUCACUUUAUGCUACAAUCCGAAAGAUGGUCCUUUCUUGGGUUCUGACGCAAAGAUUUUAGCUAUAAUGGAUUUCUGGCAUGGAAAGGGAGUGAGUGUUGGGGUUCUGAUCUAAGGAUUGCUUUUGAACAAAAAGAUACCCACUUCAAAAUUUCUCUCAUUGGGGACAAACAGUCUCCAUAGAAGGUUUUGGUAACUGGGUUUCUAUUGUUCUUGUCAAUUUCAAUUCAUCGGGGAUGAUAAGAAGAGAAAUAGUGUUCUGUUUUCUGACCCUCUUGUGGUUUUGGGAUUCUGCAAAUGGGUUAUUAUCUCCCAAAGGAGUUAACUUUGAAGUUCAAGCUUUAAUGGGUAUAAAAGCAUCUCUGCAUGAUCCUCAUGGUGUUCUUGACAAUUGGGAUGGGGAUGCUGUUGAUCCAUGUAGUUGGACUAUGGUCACUUGUUCUCCUGAGAGCCUGGUCAUUGGCUUGGGAACUCCUAGUCAGAGCUUAUCAGGUACUCUCUCUCCAAGCAUAGGAAACUUGACAAAUCUUCAAAUUGUGCUCUUACAGAACAACAACAUUACUGGACCAAUUCCAUCAGAGCUCGGAAAGCUUUUGAAACUUCGGACACUGGAUCUUUCUAGUAACUUCUUCACUGGAGAAGUUCCUUCCUCUCUAGGCCUCCUGAGAAACCUCCAGUACAUGAGGCUUAACAAUAAUAGUCUAUCAGGAACUUUUCCGAUGUCGUUAGCCAACAUGACUCAACUUGCCUUUCUUGACUUGUCCUUCAAUAACCUAAGUGGCCAUGUACCCCGAUUUUCUGCUAAAACAUUCAACAUUGUUGGAAACCCUCAAAUUUGUCCAACUGGGUCUGAACCAGAAUGCUUUGGAACAUCACUGAUGCCCAUGUCAAUGAACCUGAAUGGCUCUCAAAAUAAUCCAAUAUCUGGAAGACCUAAGAGUCACAAGAUGGCCAUUGCAUUUGGCUUGAGCAUGGGAUGUGUCUCUUUGAUCAUCCUUGUGUUUGGCCUAUUUCUGUGGUGGAGGCAAAGGCACAAUCAACAGACAUUCUUUGAUGUUAAGGACCGGCAUCAUGAGGAAGUCUCUCUUGGAAACUUGAGGAGGUUCCAGUUUAGAGAACUUCAGAUUGCGACGAACAACUUCAGCAGUAAGAACAUUUUAGGGAAAGGUGGGUUUGGACAUGUUUACAAAGGAAUACUCCAAGAUGGGACUCCAGUAGCUGUCAAAAGGCUUAAAGACGGGAAUGCUAUUGGAGGGGAGAUUCAAUUCCAAACUGAGGUUGAGAUGAUUAGCUUAGCCGUGCAUCGAAACUUACUUAGAUUAUAUGGGUUUUGCAUCAGUCCAACAGAAAGGCUUCUGGUUUAUCCAUUUAUGUCCAACGGCAGUGUUGCUUCUCGUCUGAAAGGGAAGCCAGUCUUGGAUUGGGGCACGCGAAAGAGAAUCGCCUUAGGAGCUGGAAGGGGGCUCUUAUACCUCCAUGAGCAAUGCGAUCCGAAGAUAAUUCAUAGGGAUGUUAAGGCUGCAAAUAUAUUGCUUGAUGAUUAUUGUGAAGGCGUGGUAGGAGAUUUUGGGUUGGCAAAACUCUUGGAUCAUGAAGAUUCUCAUGUAACAACAGCUGUGAGAGGCACUGUGGGCCAUAUAGCUCCUGAAUAUCUUUCCACAGGCCAGUCGUCCGAGAAAACAGAUGUCUUUGGGUUCGGGAUCCUUCUACUAGAACUAAUCACAGGCCUAAGAGCACUUGAAUUCGGAAAGGCAGCAAACCAGAAAGGUGCAAUGCUUGAUUGGGUGAAGAAGAUUCAUCUGGAGAAGAAGCUUGAGAUUCUUGUAGACAAGGAUCUUGAAAACAAUUAUGAUUCAGUUGAGCUAGAGGAGAUCGUUCGAGUGGCUCUCUUAUGCACUCAAUACCUUCCAGCUCACAGACCGAAAAUGUCCGAAGUAGUCCGAAUGCUUGAAGGUGAUGGACUUGCUGAAAGAUGGGAAGCCUCACAAAAAGUUGAAACAACAAAAUGCAAACCCCAUGAGUUCACCUCAUCGGAUCGAUACUCUGAUCUCACUGAUGACUCUUCAUUACUUGUUCAGGCAAUGGAGCUGUCAGGGCCAAGGUGAAGUUCCUUCUUUGUUUUGAUUUACUUUCUUCUACUCUUCAUAGAUAGUGAGAAUGUUAAAACAAGAAGAAAAAAUAUAUAUAGAUGAAGUUUAUUUUAAGUUCAGUAGUCCUAUGUUGAUUUUGGCACAUUUUUUUGUUGUACUAUAGUAGCAUAUCAGAGCUUUGGCUGAAAAGGGCUUUGCUGGUUGUAUCCAACUGUACAGAUUUUGCUUGAGAAACUGAGUUUUCUGAACCAAAAUUCAUGCAUCUUGUAUUAUUAUAGAGUGAAAAAAAAAAAGGGCAAGCAUUGUUCUUGAUUUA